GGUCCACCAGGACCUAAAAGUAAAGCCACGUCAACUGGUGGAGUGGUCUACACCAGAUGGGGACGAAAACAUUGUCCUAACACAGCGAAAACUGUUAAAAUUUAUUCUGCAACUGGUAAAGACACUUUUGUUUACUGUGUUAUUUUAAAAAUAGGAGCAAUCGUAGAAGCGCACUAUACACACGGUGGGAGUGGAUCAAAUUAUCUUUGUUUACCGUUGAAUCCAAUAAACGAGAAAUACGCUGCUGGUACUCAGAGUAAAGCAAUCAUUUACGGAACUGGUGGUAGUCACAUGAUGAUUCCAUCGCGCAUCAUCUGUCCUUCAGAAUGGACUAUGGAAUACAAAGGUUAUUUAAUGGCUGCACAUUAUAGUCACAAGCGAUAUGAGUACAUUUGUGUUGAAGGCAAACCAGAGGCAAUGCAUGGAUCUCAUGAAGAUAAAAAUGGAGCAUUAUUAUAUUUUGUUGAAGGCCAUUGUGGUUCAUUACCUUGUCCACCAUAUUUCCAUGGAAAAGAACUGACCUGUGUAGUAUGUACUCAGUGACCAAAAAUUGUUUUGGAAACAUGCAAACUUUGCAAGGUUUAAGACGCUUUUCAGUAUUUCUUCCGGAAAGGAUAUGUUUUAUUUUUUUAUAAGCAUUAGUUACAACCACACCUUUUCAUUAGUUUAUAUUAGAUACGAAGAACUACAUUGGUUUGAUAUUAAUUUCUUUUCUGGAUAAAAUAAACAUGGAACAACUUAG